AUGCCUGACGUAGCGAAGCCCGCGCCCAAGAAGGGCUCCAAGAAAGCGGUGGCGAAGGCCCCCGGUAAGGGCGGAAAGAAGAGGAGAAAGUCCAGGAAGGAGAGCUACGCCAUCUACGUGUACAAGGUGCUGAAGCAGGUCCACCCCGACACUGGGAUCUCCUCCAAGGCCAUGGGCAUCAUGAACUCCUUCGUGAGCGACAUCUUCGAGCGCAUCGCCGGUGAGGCCUCUCGUCUGGCUCACUACAACAAGCGCUCCACCAUCACCUCCAGGGAGAUUCAGACCGCCGUCCGCCUGCUGCUGCCCGGGGAGCUGGCUAAACACGCCGUGUCUGAGGGCACCAAGGCCGUGACCAAAUACACCAGUUCCAAGUAAACCACUCUGCGGAGACCUCAAACCAACGGCUCUUUUAAGAGCCACACACUUUCUCUAUAGAGACAAACUGUCCUGACUCUACCGAGAUGUCCAUCAAUAUUUAAACAGCCACUUUUAACUGAUAAUAUAACAUUGUUAAUACAAUUGAAGAGAGAUAUCCUGCAUAAUCUCUACAUUUGAAAAUAAUUGUUUUUAAAUCCAAUUGCAGUUUUCCACUGCAGGGCGUGUUGUCCUUUCUCAAAUCAGUGAUCUGGGUUGUUCAUG